GGCUCAGAGCGUGUGAGGACCGCGGCCGGCCCGGCGGCGGGAGGCGAGGCGAGGCCACGCCACCUGCGGGGAAGACCCCGAGCCGAGGCGGGAAGAUGGCUGCAGACAAGCCCGCAGAUCAGGGGGCAGAGAAGCAUGAAGGGGCAGGCCAGUCCCCUGGGAUCUCUGACCAGGAGAAGGAGCUGUCCACCAGCGCUUUCCAGGCGUUCACGUCUGGAAAUUAUGAUGCCUGUCUGCAACACCUUGCCUGUCUCCAAGAUAUAAACAAAGAUGAUUAUAAAAUCAUUUUGAAUACAGCAGUAGCUGAGUUUUUCAAAAGUAAUCAAACAACAACAGAUAAUUUGAGACAAACACUUAACCAGCUGAAGAAUCAGGUCCAUUCAGCUGUGGAAGAAAUGGACGGCCUGGAUGAUGUGGAGAACAGCAUGCUGUAUUACAAUCAAGCAGUCAUCCUGUGCCACCUGCGGCAGUACACGGAGGCCAUAUCUGUUGGGGAAAAGCUUUAUCAGUUCAUAGAACCUUUUGAAGAAAAAUUUGCCCAAGCAGUGUGUUUUCUGCUUGUGGACCUGUACAUAUUAACCUACCAAGCUGAGAAAGCUUUGCAUCUUCUUGCCGUUCUAGAAAAAAUGAUCUCUCAGGGUAACAAUAACAAGAAUGGGAAGAAUGAGACUGGUAACAAUACCAGCAAAGAUGCAGCCAAUCAUAAAGCUGAGAGUGGAGCUCUAAUCGAAGCUGCGAAGUCAAAGAUACAUCAGUACAAAGUAAGAGCUUACAUCCAAAUGAAGUCCUUGAAAGCCUGCAAAAGGGAAAUCAAGUCAGUCAUGAACACAGCCGGAAAUUCUGCACCCUCUCUGUUUCUGAAAAGCAAUUUUGAGUACUUACGGGGCAAUUAUCGAAAAGCAGUGAAGCUAUUAAAUAGUUCAAACAUUGCUGAGCAUCCAGGGUUCAUGAAAACAGGUGAAUGCUUGAGGUGCAUGUUUUGGAAUAAUCUUGGCUGUAUCCACUUUGCCAUGAGCAAGCACAACUUGGGGAUUUUCUACUUUAAGAAGGCUCUGCAAGAGAAUGAUAACGUCUGUGCCCAGCUUGGUGCAGGCAGCACUGACCCAGGCAAAAAGUUUUCGGGAAGACCCAUGUGCACGCUGCUCACCAACAAGAGGUACGAGCUGCUGUAUAACUGCGGCAUCCAGCUGCUGCACGUCGGACGGCCCCUGGCCGCCUUCGAGUGUCUUGUUGAGGCCGUUCAGGUCUACCACGCCAACCCCCGCCUCUGGCUGCGGCUGGCAGAGUGCUGCAUUGCUGCCAAUAAAGGGACUUCUGAACAAGAAAGUAAAGGUCUUCCCAGCAAAAAGGGAAUUGUGCAGUCUAUUGUUGGCCAAGGCUACCACCGUAAAAUAGUCCUGGCAUCACAAUCCAUACAGAACACAGUCUACAAUGAUGGGCAGUCUUCAGCCAUUCCUGUCGCCAGUAUGGAGUUUGCAGCCAUUUGUCUCCGAAAUGCCUUGUUGCUGUUGCCUGAGGAGCAGCAAGAUCCGAAGCAGGAGAAUGGGUCCAAAAAUAGCGGUCACUUGGGAGGGAGCACGGAGGGCGGCGAGAGCACUGAGACCUGCAGCAGUAAAAGCCAUGAUGGAGAUAAAUUCAUUCCAGCUCCACCUUCUUCUCCACUGAGGAAACAGGAAUUGGAAAACUUAAAGUGCUCCAUACUUGCUUGUAGCGCGUAUGUGGCUCUGGCCUUGGGUGAUAACCUUAUGGCCUUGAAUCAUGCAGAGAAACUUCUUCAGCAGCCUAAGUUAUCAGGAUCUCUUAAGUUUUUGGGCCAUCUGUAUGCUGCAGAAGCCCUCAUCUCUCUCGACAGAAUAUCCGAUGCCAUUACGCACUUGAACCCAGAGAAUGUCACUGAUGUCUCCUUGGGGGUCUCUUCCAAUGAGCAGGACCAAGGAUCAGACAAGGGUGACAAUGAAGCAAUGGAAUCCUCCGGCAAGCGCGCCCCCCAGUGCUACCCCAGCUCGGUCAGCUCCGCCCGCACCGUGAUGCUCUUCAACCUGGGCAGCGCGCACUGCCUGAGGAGCGAGUAUGACAAAGCCCGGAAGUGUCUGCACCAGGCGGCUUCAAUGAUCCAUCCGAAAGAGGUGCCCCCUGAGGCCAUUCUGUUGGCUGUCUACCUUGAACUGCAGAAUGGUAAUACACAGCUGGCCUUGCAGAUCAUCAAGCGGAACCAGCUGCUCCCUGCACUGAAAACACAAUCCGAAGUGAGAAAGAAGCCAGUGUUUCCGCCUGUCCACCCGAUCCAGCCAAUCCAAAUGCCAGCUUUCACCACCGUGCAGCGGAAGUGAGGUUGUGCUUGCGGGGCGUGUUACUUGAGCCUCUGGAGACGCCACGCUGGCCUCUCUGCGUGGAGUGAACAGAGCAGACACUGACAGUGCCAGGCUCGGCUCUGGAGGCAGCCUCAGACUGUCCUGCCCCCGGGAUUUGUUUUUUGUCAGAAGCUUCCAGAAACUCAAGGAUUCACAGACCAAUGUUCAGCUGUUUUUCUUUAAACUCUCCAGACUAUUAAUGUUGAGCCAGUAUGUAACGGGUCUGUGUCGUAGGCAAUUAAAACGCGAUCUUAUCAGAGCA